GAAUUGAGCAAGAUUUUGGUUGCAGAACAGAUUUUGCUGGUGCAAUGUUUUUGCCAGCAUGCAUUGAGGAAAUGGGGGAGACUGAGAAUUAUACAGAUGCCAGGUUUUCGGACAAUGAUUUCUACCUUACUGAAUCAGAGGCAUCAAAGAAAGCCAGUUUGGCAUAUACUGAUAAAGAAUCUGAAGACAAAUAUGAGACAGGGGUAACAUUAAUUGAUGGCUUUGUAGAUCUACUGCAAAAUAAGUUGCGUACAGAUGCCUCGACUAAUACAAUCAGUUCAAAAACAUGCGCAAAGUACCCUUCCAGUACAGCUAGCAGCAGCCCAACUGGCACACUUACUCCACUGGAACAACAGAAUGAGUUAUGGCAAGCCAUAGGAUCACUGGAUAUCUUUCUUGCUGAUAAAGAUAUUAUUGAAGCUUGUGAGAAAUCAAAUGAGGAUCAUUAUCAUUUGGGCAGUGAUAAUGAUUUACUUGGCACACCUUCUGUUUCAUUGGUGGAGUUCCUGCAGCAGUACAAGGAGCUCACUGAUUGGCUGAAACAGGUUAAGGAGAUAACUCACAGAGAUAUUGCCUGCUUGUCAGAGAAAUAUCUUCACCUGAGUUACCAUGAGGAAAUGCUGGAGCGAUCUUCUCGCCGACAGGUUCUCGAAGACUAUUCAAGCCAACUUGUGAUGUUUUGCCCUAAAGUUGCCGAUGAGAUUAAAGAAAGAAUGGCGGCAUUGGACGUACAGUGGGUGGAUCUGGAGCAAGCAGUCAACACUAGCUUUCACUUGCGCAACCCUGAAGCUAUGAAGAAAGAUUUACAGAAGGACCUGACAACCUUGAAGCAAUGGCUGACUGAAGUAGAGGCAGCACUUGUUCCACUGACUGUCAACAAUGACUGGACACAAGCUGAACUGGUGGAGAAACUACAGAAGCAUCAG